AUGAAUGCAAGAGUGGACAUAGUCAUUGAUGUGUUCGGUGAGUUAUUUUCAAUAGACGAUGAAGAUGAAGUUGAAGAAGAAGACUUUGCUGAUGAUAUGGAGAUGGAAUUUGUGACAGUGCCUGCCAGUGAAUCAGCCAUUGGGAAACUGGAGAUGUUGAAGAACGAAGAUGAAGCAACAUUGUGUGUGGUUUGCCUGGAACAGAUUUUACUUGGGUCGCAAGCAACAAGAAUGCCUUGUGCUCAUGUCUUUCAUGGCGAUUGCAUUCUGAAGUGGCUUAGCAUGAGUAGAUUUUGUCCUUUAUGUAGAUUAUAA